UUGUUUUUGUGCAAUUAUUUUUAAAAAAACUUAAUUGUUGAAUUUCGAAAAUAUUUUUUAAAAAGAUGAACUAAAACAAGUUUUCAUUUUCAACAUUUACACAACGUUGGGAAUGUCAGAAUGUUUAGUUCAAUUUGUAUUUGGUGAUAAUAAGUGUACUUGGUACUAUAGGAAUUCAAAAAUUUGCGAUAGGAAAUGUCUUACAGUGAUGGCGGGCGUCCAAUACGAAAGUACGGCACUAAGUCGCCGAAAAAACUUUGCGUGACCAAGAAUGAAAAUAGUGAUAAAACAACAACUACCAUUAACUGCAAUAAUCAUCACCACAAUCAUUACCAUCAUAAUCAUCGCUUUCUCGACGCCCCUCAGCCAUCAGUACACAAACGUAAUCUCUAUAUUGUUUCUUUUCCUUUGAUAUUGCUUUUUAAUGUUCUGAGGACACUUCUUUAUCAAUUAUUUGUGGUAUUCAAAUAUUUAUAUACAUCUACAUCUCAGCUGAUUCAACGAAGACAAGCUUGCAAGCAAACUUGUCAGCUAGAAAUUGUAGUUGGUCAGAAAUCUAGUGAAAAUUUAAAUAAUAAUUUAAAUAAUACUGAACAAAUUGAAAACGAGGGAAUGUCGCAAGUGCCUAGAAGGCCAAUUGGUCCUGGUCCAGGAGAUCCAUUACUUGCAAAACAAAAACAUCAUCAUCGUAGAGCUUUUGAGUUUAUCAGCAAAGCUCUUAAAAUUGAUGAAGAUAAUGAAGGUCAGAAAGAAAUGGCAAUUGAACUUUACAAGAAAGGAAUUGGAGAAUUAGAAAAAGGAAUAGCUAUAGAAUGCACUGGUGGUCGAGGAGAAGUAUGGGAACAUGCACAAAGACUUCAUGAUAAAAUGCGCACUAAUUUAGCAAUGGCAAAGGACAGACUUGAUUUUCUUGUGAGUGUGUGUGAGCUGAAAAAACUGGAUAUCUGCAAUGAAUAUCGUGCUCCUGGAAAUAAAGUGGACAGCGAACAUCCAGGAAAGAAUCUGAGGAUCCGACGCAAUAUACACACAUUACAAACAACUCGAUCUUCUUUAAAUACAAAUCAUACUAAAAACACAAACAGUACACAAACAGUGAACAUAGGGCAGAAUACAUGUACUCAAAUUCCCAAGUUAAGGCCACGUUCACCAAAAAAUUAUUCUGCCCAUUCUGAAGCAUCUGGAAGAAAAUUAUCUGUUCCUGGAAAAAGAGUGGGCACAGUUAUAAGUAAAAGUCAAACAUUGCCGCGCAGCAUGGGACGUUCAACAGCAAUACAAUCAUGUCAUAGAGUUGCACCUAUUAAACCAUCAUCUACACCACCUUCAGUAAAAAGACAAUUAUCAGUACCUGGAAAUGGUUCACCUAUUAGGAGACCAGGAACACCUACCACAUCAAACAGCAAUAGAGGAACACCUACAAGAAAAGUACCCAUUUUAAAAGGUGUAGAUCCAAAACUGGCACAAGUUAUUCUAGAUGAAAUUUUGGAAGGUGGAACAGCAGUUCACUGGGAAGACAUUGCUGGUCAAGAAACUGCAAAACAAGCACUACAAGAAAUGGUUAUUUUACCUUCAUUAAGACCAGAAUUAUUUACUGGUUUGCGAACACCAGCAAGAGGAUUAUUAUUAUUUGGUCCACCAGGAAAUGGAAAGACAUUACUUGCACGUGCUGUUGCUACACAAUGCAAUGCUACAUUUUUUUCAAUAUCUGCUGCUAGUCUUACAUCAAAAUAUGUCGGAGAAGGAGAAAAACUAGUACGAGCUCUUUUUUCUAUUGCCCGAGAACUACAGCCAUCUGUGAUCUUUAUUGACGAAGUGGAUUCAUUGUUAAGCGAACGUAGAGAUAAUGAACAUGAAGCUUCUAGGCGAUUGAAGACAGAAUUUUUAGUUGAAUUUGAUGGAUUACCAUGUAAUCCAGAAGAAAGAGUAUUGGUCAUGGCAGCUACAAAUAGACCUCAAGAAUUGGAUGAAGCUGCAUUAAGAAGAUUCACAAAACGAGUAUACGUUACAUUACCUGAUUUACGAACAAGAAUUAUGUUACUAAAACGACUUUUAGCUAAACAUAAUGAUCCGCUGACUUCAGAAGAGUUGAAUGAAAUGGCAGUUUUAACUGAAGGCUAUUCUGGGAGUGAUUUAACAGGUUUAGCAAAAGAUGCAGCUCUUGGUCCUAUUAGAGAACUUAAUCCAGAUCAAGUAAAAGAAUUGGAUCUUAAUUCUGUACGUAAUAUUACAAUGCAAGAUUUUCGUGAUUCGCUUAAAAGAAUUCGUAGAUCAGUAUCUCCUGCAAGUUUGGCUGCUUAUGAAAAAUGGAGUUUUGAAUAUGGUGACGUAAGUCUAUGAUUUUUAAGAAUUAGUUGAACUUUAUAAAACUUUAAAAUAACUGAACACUAUACUGAAAUAUAUCAACAUUUAAAAAGAAAAGAAGAAAAAACUUAAC